CGCACGCACGCACACCCUCCUCCUCUUCUUCUUCUUCUUCUCUCCUCCAGCGCGUCCUCCUGCAGCGCGUCACGGCCGCAGCGCAGCGCGGACACGGCGCGCCCUGAGCGGCGGGAGAUGCGGAGGAGCCUCGCGGCGCGGAGCGCAGGCUCCUGGACUCUCUGAGCUGCUGAGGACGACAGGUGACGACAGGUGACGACAGGGGAAUAGGUCGUGACCCAGAGGCACCUGUCAUGUCUGCCCCUGCCCCCGCCACCCGCCGCUCUGGCUCCGGCUCCGGCUCUCGGCGGAGGACGGGGCCCCCUGGAGGUAGAGAUUCACAUGGACACGCCUCCGUCUGCAGCUCCUCCUCCGGCUCCUGUAAAGGCAGCGACUGCAGCCCCACCAAAGGGCGUCAGAAGGUCAGGUCCUCCACCUCCUCGUGCACAGAGAACCACGGGAUCCGCCCCCCUCCCCCUGAGCAGUACCUCACCCCCCUCCAGCAGAAGGAGGUCUGCAUCCGACACCUGAGGUCCAAACUCCAGGAGACCAUCAGCGCCCUGCAGAACAGGGACUGUGAGAUCGACGAGCUGCGUGAGCGUCUGUUCCAGAUGCAGGAGGACUGGGUGGAGGAGGAGUGUCACCGUGUGGAGGCGCAGCUCGCCCUGAAGGAGGCGCGAGAAGAAAUCUACGCCCUGAGACAAGCGGUCGACGGGGUGAGAGGAAGGCUCAACGAGGAUUCCAACGUCCAGAACCACAAACUGGAGACGCUCCUCCUGCUGUCCCAGAGCGGCGACAGGGGCGACAGGGGCGACAGGGGCGGGUACAGGCCGCGUGCCGGGGGCUCGGCUCCGGCCUCGGUCUCAGGGGAGAGUCCCGGUGCGGCGGCGGCGGCGGCACUCCCCGGAGGAGGCGGGGCCUCGUGCUCGUGCGGCGGGUCCCCGGCGCGGUCGCUCGCCCGCAGCUCCACCUACACCAAACUGACGGAGGCGGCGCUCGCACCGACGACAGCGGCUUCUGCGGCGCCGAGAACGCCCCGCCCACCCCGCUGGCCCGCCCACACCCGCGCCGAGCUGCUGCUGGAGGCGGCGUGUCUGUCCGAGGAGACCGCCUCCCUCCUCAGCGCCUACACCCAGACCUUCGCCUCGCUGCCCCCCUCCCUGCCCCCGUCCGUCGCCCACGCCCUCCCCCCGCCAUACCAACAGCCCCGCCCCCUCCCGCACGCCUACUCCCAGACCCUCCCCCACUCCUUCCCCCGCAGCCACCCGUCUCACGCCCCCCUCCACGCGCCGCCCCACUCCUCCACCUGCGAGGGUCUGUGCGGAGGCGACCGCGCCGCCCUCGCCGGCCACGCCCCCCUGGCGGCCGCGUGCCGCUGCUCUCUGCCCGCCCUGAGCUGCGUGAGUCACCAGUGCCUGGCGCACCACCUGUUCCUGCACCCGCUGCGAGAGGCCGGCAUCCAGACGGAGAGCUGCCCCGUGCCGGCGAGCGGCGCCUCCGACCUCGACACCAUCGCCGAGGUCCGAACCUUCAGGUCCCAGGCCUGCAGCCCCACCUCCACCUGGACCUCGGACGACGCCGAAGAGUUAGGCUCCACCCACUCCCUCACCACCGCCACCGUCAUGACCGUCGCCACCGAACCCGUCCUCCCGGCAUCUGUCAGCGCAGGGCUGGUGCUCCCGAGGUCGGCCACCGUCGCCUGCUCCAUGGAGGGCGUGGGCGAGGAGCAGAGGGAGGAGAGCAGAGGGAGGAGCAGGAGGAGCAGAGGGAGGAGCAGAGGGAGGAGCAGAGGGAGGAGCAGGAGGAGCAGAGGAGGAGCAGAGGGAGCGAGCGCCCGACAGUCCCGUAAACGAGGAGAGGGAGCAACAGAAACCAGAAGAACCUCAGAUGUUCCACGGCGACCUCCAGCACGAGGACCUGGACCUGACCACGUGGACCACGGAGCUGGAGGUGGAAGAAGAUCUGAGCUGCUCCGUCCUGUCACCCGACGAACCACAAACGACCCAACCACAGCCCUGCGCGUUCCCCCUCGGCGAGCUCCUCAACCUCGCCAAAGCCUCCGACCGCGACGACAUCGACGGAGACGAGGAGGCAAGAGAGACAGGGGCAGAGGCAGGAGCAGGGCAGAGGCAGGGGCAGAGGCAGGGGCAGAGACAGGGGCAGAGACAGGGAGCACACAGAGGGCAGAACCGUCAGAACCUUCAGAACCUUCAGAACCUUCAGAGUGUUCGGGCCCCGUGGAGAGGAGCUACUGGAGCAGGCACUUCCUGGUGGACCUCCUGGCGGUGGCGAUCCCGGUGGUGCCCACGGUGGCCUGGUUGUGCCGGGGGCCGGUCAGAGACGCUCAGCCCAUGUACCACUUCGGCUCGCUGCUCCGCGGCUGCUGCACCGUCGCCCUCCACUCGCUGCGGCGCGGCGGCGGGCUGCGCCACUACCCCGCCGGAGGGGGAGGGGGCGGGCACGUGUGAGGAGGGGCGGGGACAGGUGUGAAAGGGGGCGGGGCUGUGUGGACGCUCAGCUCUGGUCCCUCGUGUCUUCGUGUUUCUCCGUGGUCGCUGGUUCGAUCGGCUGUCAUUUUGUGGAGAAGAUCUGAUCU